UAAUUUAAAAUUUUUUUUUUUUUUUUAAUAAACUCGGCCUUUAAGAUGUGCAGCAAGGCUGGGGUGAAAGCUUGUGCUUCUUUAAAUUGCAUGGGCACUUUUUAAUAAAAUUCUGCCAAAAGCCAUCUGAUAGAAGGGCAGGAGAGCCCAUGUUUUUUCCUAAAGGCCUAAGGUUUGUCUCAAAAUGAAGAAGUUUCUAAAGAAUCGGAAAGGCAGAUAUCCUCUGCCACAGAGCUCAUCUGGGUCUCGUUCAGCGAUCAAAGAUUUCUUUCUUACAAUGCCAGCGUCGAACCAGGGCUGGCCGGAGGAGUUUGGGUUCCGAAUCAUUGGGUCUGGGCCGUGUUAUAUCCUCCAUGUGGAGGAUGGGAGCAGCGCACACAUUGCGGGUCUCCAGCCCGGGGACCAGAUCCUGGAGAUCGAGGGGCAGAACGUCUCCUCCAUGAGUGCAGAGACUCUGACCAGCAUGGCGCAGAGAUGCAGGAACGUGCCACCCAGCAUCGGUGUGGUCUCGCGAAUCGAGCAGGUGGACAUCUCGCAUGGGAGAGACGGCCGUUUCGGGUUCACCAUCGUGGGAGACAGCCCCCUUCUGGUGGAGGACUGCCUACCGAACUCUCCGGCGGCUGAGUGCGGGCUCAAGGCAGGCGACUAUGUGAUGGAGGUGAACGGGAUGCCGGUGAAGCAGCAUGAGAUUGCUGCCACCAUGAUCAAGGCCUCGCACGGGAGCUCUCUGCGGCUCGGUGUGCUGCGUGUGGGGAGGAGGCAGAAGAGAGCGAGCAGCAGCAUUCGAGACUGCGACCAGAGCGGUGACGGCGUCCACCAGGAACGCAAACACAAAGCCCUGGAGUUCAACAACAAGAUUGAGGAGGUGCUUGGAGAUCAGCCCGAGGUGAAGGAGAAACUGUUCACUGUGCUGAAGCAGUACGCAGCUGAGCGCAAGGUAGACUACCUGGCCUACGCCCUUCCCAUGAUCCUCACUGAAGACCUCCAUCACCAGCUCAUUGACAGCAUCAGCAUCCUCUACUCUCCUAUCCGAGGGGCUGCAGCUAACACUCGCUACACAGAGACUCAACGGCGGGUGACAUCCCGAAAAAGGGAAGCAGGGAACUUCAGACUGUAUGCUUUGGAAAGAUGUUUUGGGCACUGAGGAUUUUGU